AUGGCCUACCAAGAUACGGUCAUGAUUGACUUGAAAGCCCCACCGAUACUCCAGUCCUCAGUCCCCCAGGAUCCUCCAGUCCUCAGUCCCCCAGGAUCCUCCAGUCCUCAGUCCCCCAGGAUCCUCCAGUCCUCAGUCCCCCAGGAUCCUCCAGUCCUCAGUCCCCCAGGACACUCCAGUCCUCAGUUCACCAGGACACUCCAGUCCUCAGUCCCCCCAGGACACUCCAGUCCUCAGUCCCCCAGGAUACUCCAGUCCUCAGUCCCUCAGGAUACUCCAGUCCUCAGUCCACCAGGACACUCCAGUCCUCAGUCCCCCCAGGACACUCCAGUCCUCAGUCCCCCAGGAUCCUCCAGUCCUCAGUCCCCCAGGAUACUCCAGUCCUCAGUUCACCAGGACACUCCAGUCCUCAGUCCCCCAGGACACUCCAGUCCUCAGUCCCCCAGGAUACUCCAGUCCUCAGUCCCCCCAGGACACUCCAGUCCUCAGUCCCCCCAGGAUCCUCCAGUCCUCAGUCCCCCAGGAUCCUCCAGUCCUCAGUCCCCCAGGAUCCUCCAGUCCUCAGUCCCCCCAGGACACUCCAGUCCUCAGUCCCCCAGGACACUCCAGUCCUCAGUCCCCCAGGAUACUCCAGUCCUCAGUCCCCCAGGAUACUCCAGUCCUCAGUCCACCAGGACACUCCAGUCCUCAGUACCCCCAGGACACUCCAGUCCUCAGUCCCCCAGGACACUCCAGUCCUCAGUCCACCAGGAUACUCCAGUCCUCAGUCCCCCAGGAUACUCCAGUCCUCAGUCCCCCAGGACACUCCAGUCCUCAGUCCCCCAGGAUACUCCAGUCCUCAGUCCACCAGGACACUCCAGUCCUCAGUCCCCCAGGACACUCCAGUCCUCAGUCCCCCAGGAUAUUCCAGUCCUCAGUUCACCAGGAUACUCCAGUCCUCAGUCCACCAGGACACUCCAGUCCUCAGUCCACCAGGACGCCCCAGUCCUCAGUCCACCGGGACGCCCCAGUCCUCAGUCCACCGGGACGCCCCAGUCCUCAGUCCCCCAGGAUCCUCCAGUCCUCAGUCCCCCCGAUACUCCAGUCCUCAGUCCCCCCAGGAUACCCCAGUCCUCAGUCCCACCAGGAUCCUCCAGUCCUCAGUCCCCCAGGAUACCCCAGUCCUCAGUCCCACCAGGAUCCUCCAGUCCUCAGUCCCCCAGGAUACCCCAGUCCUCAGUCCCCCAGGAAACCCCAGUCCUCAGUCCCCAGGAUACUCCAGUCCUCAGUCCCCCAGGAUACCCCAGUCCUCAGUCCCCCCAGGAUACCCCAGUCCUCAGUCCCCAGGAUACUCCAGUCCUCAGUCCACCGGGAUACUCCAGUCCUCAGUCCACCGGGAUAUUCCAGGCCUCAGUCCACCAGGAUCCUCCAGGCCUCAGUCCCCCCAGGAUACCCCAGUCCUCAGUCCCCCCAGGAUACCCCAGUCCUCAGUCCCCCCAGGAUACCCCAGUCCUCAGUCCCCAGGAUACUCCAGUCCUCAGUCCACCGGGAUACUCCAGUCCUCAGUCCACCGGGAUAUUCCAGGCCUCAGUCCACCAGGAUCCUCCAGGCCUCAGUCCCCCCAGGAUACCCCAGUCCUCAGUCCCCCCAGGAUACCCCAGUCCUCAGUCCCCCCAGGAUACCCCAGUCCUCAGUCCCCCCAGGAUACCCCAGUCCUCAGUCCCCCCAGGAUACUCCAGUCCUCAGUCCCCCCAGGAUACCCCAGUCCUCAGUCCCCCCAGGAUAAUCCAGUCCUUAGUCCCCCCAGGAUACCCCAGUCCUCAGUCCCACCAGAGCUGCCAGAAGAAACCUGAUGCUGCCUCCCUGUGCCCCCUCUGGCUCAUCCCUGUGGGUGAUGGCAUCUUACUAGCUCUGCCUCUGCCAUAUGCCAGGGCCCCAGGAUUAGAAGUCACCCUGAGUGACCUGGAAAUUAUGACUGCUGGCAUUCAUGAGGGACUGACUCCAAUACCCUGGCAGCAGUCUGACUGGUCUGCUAGCGGGCUCAGGCCCGGGCCACCAGGUCUGGGGCCGCCUUUCUGGAGUCCCAGCAGCCUUGGGUGCCGAGGCCGGCCUGGACCUGAGAGAGUCUGGGAGGACCUGCGAGCCGUGGAGCCCCGGUUGGGCUCGUAA